UUCACUUGAUUCAAAUAAUAUUGAGGUUCACAAAAAGAAGCUGUAUUUGAUUUUUCAUUAGAUCAUCUUUUCUAGGAUUUUUCACAUUAUGUCUCAAGUAACGAUUGAUAGCAAUGAAGUUGACAUCGUGAUUGCUGCUUUCCAUUCUGACCUUACCUCCUUCUUGGAGGAAUGGAGGCCCAUGUUUUCCCGAUUUCAUUUGAUUAUAGUCCAAGAUCCUGACCUUAAAGAAGAUCUGAAAAUCCCUAAAGGUUUCAACGUUGAUAUCUACACCAAAUCAGACAUAGAAAAAUUAUUUACCUCUUCAGGUGUCUCCAAGUUUUCUGGAUACGCCUGUCGCUUUUUUGGCUAUCUUGUAUCUAAAAGAAAGUACAUAAUAUCACUUGAUGAUGACUGCAGUCCCGCUAAAGAUACAAAUGGUGAUCUAGUAGACAUUGUCACCCAACACAUUACAAACCUGAAAACACCUGCAACUCCAUUAUUUUUCAACACACUUUAUGACCCGUACAGGAAAGGAGCAGAUUUUGUUCGUGGGUACCCGUUUAGCUUACGAAGUGGGGUCCCAUGUGUUCUCUCAUGUGGACUAUGGCUCAAUUUAGCAGACUAUGAUGCACCCACCCAAGCCUUGAAACCAGAUCUUAGAAAUUCACGAUAUGUUGAUGCGGUUAUGACUAUACCCAAGUAUUCAUUGAUGCCCAUGAGUGGAAUCAACAUAGCAUUUGACCGCGAGAUUGUCGGUCCUGCGAUUUUGCCAGCAUUGAAGCUCACAAAAGAAGGGAAGUUCAGGUGGGAAACAAUGGAGGACAUAUGGUGUGGACUCGUGGUGAAAGUCGUGUGUGAUCAUUUGCAAUUGGGUGUGAAAACUGGAAUUCCAUAUGUGUGGAGGAAUGAAAGAGGAAGUGCAAUCGAUAGUUUGAAGAAAGAAUGGGAAGGGGUUAAGUUGGUGGAGGAAUUGGUUCCAUUUUUUCAGACAUUGAAGCUGUCUUCUGAUGCGGUGACAGCAGAGGCUUGUGUGACAGAAAUAGCCGCAGCCAUAAAGAAGGGAUCACAUUCUGUGCUUGAUGGUGCUGCUGAUAACAUAGUGGAAUGGGUGAAGAUUAGGAAGGAAUUCGAGUCUCGUGUUUUGGGUUAAAUUUAGUUGGUUUUGGUUUCUACAUAUGGGUGAACGAUUUUGUUACUGAAAAUGGCACAGGGUCUGAAAAUAAUUAGUGUAAGUUUUGUUGUUUUUGCUAUUGGUAUGAUCUGUAUGAUGCUUUAACACUUGUAUUUAUUUGUUUGGUAAUCGUUGAUAUUAUGGUAAUGCUAUGAGUUGUUUCA